AUGGCGCCCGCGCAGCGCCCGCUGCUGCCGCUGCUGCUGCUGCUGCUGCCGCUGCCGCCGCCGCCGCCCUUCGCGCGCGCCGAGGACGCCGCCCGCGCCAACUCGGACCGCUACGCCGUCUACUGGAACCGCAGCAACCCCAGGUUCCACGCGGGCGCGGCGGACGACGGCGGCGGCUACACGGUGGAGGUGAGCAUCAACGACUACCUGGACAUCUACUGCCCGCACUACGGGGCGCCACUGCCGCCGGCCGAGCGGAUGGAGCACUACGUGCUGUACAUGGUCAACGGCGAGGGCCACGCCUCCUGCGACCACCGGCAGCGCGGCUUCAAGCGCUGGGAGUGUAACCGGCCUGCGGCGCCCGGGGGGCCGCUCAAGUUCUCGGAGAAGUUCCAGCUCUUCACGCCCUUCUCGCUGGGCUUCGAGUUCCGCCCGGGCCACGAGUACUACUACAUCUCUGCCACGCCCCCCAAUGCUGUGGACCGACCCUGCCUGCGGCUGAAGGUUUAUGUGCGACCGACCAACGAGACCCUGUAUGAGGCCCCCGAGCCCAUCUUCACCAGCAAUAACUCAUGCAGCGGCCUGCGCAGCUGCCAGCUCUUCCUCAGCACCGUCCCCGUGCUGUGGACCCUCCUGGGCUCCUAGUCCCCAGUGGGACGUUGGCCCCGCCCUGAUGGCCCGCCGCCGAGACCAAAUAGAGACGCCGCUUCUCCCACGACUGGUGCUGCUUCGCCGGGCAGGGGGCCGUCCACCUGCCCCGGGGCUGGAGAGGGGUGAGGGCAGCCGAGGUCCCCCGACCCCGUGCCAGAGGGGCUGGAUGUCUGCUCAGCUCCUGGCCGUGAUGUCUUGUCCGGGAGACCUGCUGAACCCUGGGAUCUCUUGGUGACGUUGGUUUUUGUUUUUGUUUUUUAAGUGUAUUUUUCAUGGUUGCAUCAGAAGGACUUGAGUUUUUAUUUUAAUUUAUUCCUUGCUGUCACCUGUGACUUUGGGAAGGAAGCAGAAUGGACGGGGCAGGGGUCCCUGGCCCCCUUGAGGGGAGGGGGAUUGGGGCACCCCUGGCGUGGUCACACCAUUUGUUGGGUCCUGGGUGGAGGCAACCAUGGAGUGGAGCCCCAGGUGCCACGGGACAGGCUGGCCUGAGGCAGAAGGGGCGGGUGGUGAGUCCCCCCAAUUCUGGUCGGCGGCCCUCAGAACCCUGUCCUGCCAGCUCUACCCUCCUCCCUCCUGGUGAUUGUCUCCUAGAGCAGGAAACCACGGGGUUUCACCAGCAGCCACCACGGAGCCCCGGCCCCCUCGAAAUCAUAGCAUCACAACGUCUUAGAGAUGACGUAGGCCCCACCUGUCCCCCCAGCCUCACACAGUCGCCCCCGAGGCCGAGAAGAUGUUAUAUUUCUGUAAAUAGAGCCACCAAGUAUAUACUGUGAUUUAUUUUUACUGUAUUCCUGAGGAUGGACUGGAAUGUUUCUUUUUCUCUCACCCCUUCAUCGGGGGGGGGGCUUUUA